CUUUUCCCGUCGGGAUCGAUGUUCUGGAGGUAAAGAGAAAUGGCGACCAACUUUCACUUUAGUCGGGAAACACCCCCCGAAUCAAUGUUUACAGACUUUCAAACGCUAAACAAGUUCCAAAAUAAGCAAUUUAAGCAGCUACUUGAAUAUGUUAUGGAAUUUCUUGCUGAUCCUGGAAAGUCUUCCAGACUGAUGGAACAGCUUGAUGGAUUUGCUGAAGAAAAUGGUGUUAAUGCCACAGGCCUGAAAAAUAUAUUCAAGAGUUUACUCUCAUUUAGUAACAGUGCUUUGAAAAAGAGUCUAUCUGCAUCACAACUGAAAGAAGAUUUAACAAACCUUGGUUUGGCAGACGACAAGUCCGAGUAUUUUUCUCAGCAAUGGACCAGUAAUUUGGCUUCUCUGUCUAGGAGUGCUCUGGGACAAACUUUGAUGGUUAACCAAUUGAUGGAUAUGGAGUGGAAGUUUGGAGUAACUGCAGCCAGCAGUGAAGUGGACAAAGUAGGAAACACAUUUUUACAGGUGAAACUGGUCAUUAACACGGGAAAUGGUGUAAAGAAUACAUACAUGGAGCUUACUCUUCCCCAGUUUUAUUCAUUCCUUCAUGAAAUGGAGAAGGCUAAAGCAAGCCUGGAGUACUUGAGUUGAAUGGUGAUACGGACGCAAUUUUCACGGAAAAAUUACAGAAUGUGUUGGAAGAGUGACAAACUUAACUGACAGGAAGCGAAAGGUUGUGAGGUGGUUUGUACAAUGGAAUAAGUGUGUGUAGGUCUGGCAGUGUUAUAUUUUUUUUAAUUCAGACGUUUGUAAAUCCUGUGUAAUAUUGAAAGGUUCUGUAUGAAACAAAGUAAAUGUUUUUAGACAGAA